UGAUAAACAAUAAAAAAUCCAAGUAUCUAUUUAUCCAACAAAACGGUUGUAAAGUUCAUAAUUCAACUAGUUUUAAAAAAACAAAUGAACCGACAAAUGCAAAACAGAGUACAGUUUAAAAACACGGGACAAUCGACCAGAAAUCAAAAUCAAGUUGACCACAACAAUUUGUGCAGCCCAGCCCACAAUACACCAUCAACCAGCACCGGUUUAAUUUCCCAUUAUAACGAGUUGUUUUUAAUUCAUUAAGAUACAGUGUCAGUAAUAAACAAACGAAAAUGAAAACAUCGACAGGUUUUUUGUGGCUAGCGGGCCUCUUUCCGAUAAUUUUUUUAGGCGUUGCGAAGAUUUCUUACAGUUUUGGUGAUAACAGUAUUUUGAGUUAUUUGGGCUUCGGUUUUCCUGAUGAACCGAUUCUCACGCGAAAUAUUACCGAGCUAAUUCAGAGUUGGCCUGGCUUUACAGCCGAAGAACAUUAUCUUACCACUGAAGAUGGAUACCGGGUGCUGGUCGAAAGGUCCUACUCAAAAAUAACCCAAAAGAAUCCCAUCAUUAUUGUACAUGGCAUCGCUAUGAGUGCUUUCGGUUGGGUUAAUAGAGGAAACGUAUCAUUAGCUCGAUUAUUAGGCGACCUUGGAUAUGACGUGUGGAUGUUAAAUUACAGGGGCACGUGGUACAGUAAAGGUCAUGUCAACCUAACUACUGGUAACAAAAACUACUGGAAGUACACAAUAGAUAACUUAGGAAUAUACGAUGUCAGAGCCGUUGUUAACUUUGUAUCUCAAGAAACCAACCGCCAAUCUAUCUAUUUAGGAUACUCCAUGGGAUCCUCCGGCUUUUAUAUGUAUUCUUCGACGUUUCCGGAUGAAGCUAAGGAGAAUGUUAAAGCUAUGAUAGGUAUAGCUCCUGUCAUCAAUUUCAAAGGAGUGAAAAGUAUCGCACUGUAUAGUAGUUAUGUAUGGCCAACGGUGAAAAGGCUUAUUUACACAUUUUGGAAUGGAGAAAUCUUACCAGGUUAUUCUUUAUUUUUGAGACCACUGACACGAUUUUCAAUGGGCAUGUAUAUUAUUCAGUCGUUUAACAACUUACUGUUUGGUGAUGACUACGAGCAAAUGGAUCCUCUUCACUAUCCACAGUUUGCUACGCAGAUGCUCGACAGCGUGUGUGUGGAGUUAUGGAGCCACUAUUUGCAAAUGUACGAAACGGGCGAUUUUAAAAGGUACGAUUACGGAGAGAAGAAGAAUUUGGAAAAAUACGGUACUCCUACACCACCUGUUUACGAUUUAUCCAAAAUAGAAAUUCCUAUGGCUAUUUUUGCUAGUGAGAACGAUUGGUUGGCAACAAUGGAGAACGCCAAUCAAUUAUAUUCAGAAAUCCAGCCCUCUGUUAGAUGUGGAUUUGAUGUAAUACCUCAUAAGAAAUGGAACCAUAUUGACUUCCUUAUAGCCAAAGAUGUACCCAAAUAUUUUUAUAAAUAUUUAUUUAAAAAGAUUAAGGACUUGAGCGAAGGAAAAUGUGAGGCCUGAGAAAUUGUCUAAAGACUUUUUCGUAGAUAGCAUGUGAGAUUAUUGUGAUUGGUGGUUCUUAACAAAGGUCCUGGUCGGUUGUCCGUUACAUAGUCCUAGACAUUUAUUGUCUAAUUAGUCCUAUGAUAGUUUAAAUCGAUUGUUAGGUAAUGUAGAAAAUAUACUGAACCAAUUUAUAGAAGAGAUCAAUUUUUUUACGUAAAAAUGUGUAAAUGUAAACAUUUUACGUAAUGUUCACGUAACGGAGUAGAGGACUUGUUAUAAAGGGUUGUUCUAUUGUAACAGCUCAGGACCUUAGUGGAAAAUCACCCUUUUUGUUAAAGAUUUAAAAAAUAUUGUCUAUUUUUAAGAAUAAAACUAUAAAACGUU